AUGUUGAAAAGGAAGGAAGAAGUGGACCCAAGUUCUGACGUAAAAGAUAUUGUGAAUAUCAUCAUCAUGAAAACCGCACACAUGUAUGUAAGUACUAAGGAGAAUAAACAAUUUUCAGGAUCUUCACGACUCAUUGAAGCUUCGACGGCUUUUGUGGCAGAUGUUGAAGAACGAAAGAAAGAAAAUCUUUAG